AUGUCCACGCCAUCGUCGGAUCCAGAUCACAGCAGUCAUGGCCAUCUGGCGCCGCAGGAAGUGCCUGCACCAAACGGGGGAAACACUGAGGAUACACCGAGAUCGGAAGUGCCGCCUGCUUUGAGCGUCAUCACGCCCAAUGCGACGGAGGCACUCGCGAGGCUGUCGGAGGAAGGGCCCAACGACUACUUCACACCACAGCCUGCCGCGACGACCACGCAUGCCCCUCCAAACCACGAGUUCGCUGCACCAGCACACUCUACCGGGAGUCGAUCGCCAACAGCAAGUGUCGGCACAAGCGAUGCAACGGCAGCAGGACACAUCGAGUUGCCAGAGUCGCUUUCGUCGCUGCACGUAUCAGGAAGACCUCCGCCUCAUACCACCCCAUCCAGCCUCAGCAUAGAGAGUGCAGCAAGCUCUACGACAGUCACGCCAUCGCACUCGGGAAACAGCACACGACCGGAACUCUCCUCGUGGAAGACAGCCUACCCCAACCCGUAUCCGGUACAGAACUUUGCGGCGCUCCACUCCCAACAGUACCCACCAUACUACGUGCCGCACGUUCUACGACGAGGCAACUCUACUCAGCCGCAUCAGAUCUCCACCUUCGCUUCAGCGAUAGCAUCGCUGCACAGCAGUGGUGCGCGCACGUCGACCAACUCGCCCGCCCUGACGCCUUCCGUCGGGCUCUUCAAUCCAUCGGGUCCUCCAUCUGCUCCCGUUGAGCAUUCAGAGAAGUCCGGGACGUAUGCGAGUCCAUUUCUACACUUCACGCAUACGCACGUGCCGAAGGAGACGCACGUGGCAGAUGUCGACGUUGACCCGGUGUCUGGUCGUAAAUUGAUCAAUCACUAUGAAGUCGUGGACGAACUCGGUCGCGGCACCCACGGAAAAGUUAAGCUCGGCCGUGAUUUGGAGAGCCCGGCGAAUUCACCGACUUAUGUUGCCAUCAAGAUUGUCGAACGCUUUUCGAAACGACGCAAGCUUGGGAGACUUGGCACCACCGAGGAUAAGGUCAAGAAGGAGGUCGCCAUCCUCAAGAAAGCUCGACAUCCGAACGUUGUCGCCUUGUUGGAGGUCAUUGAUGAUCCUACACGCAAGAAGGUCUACAUCGUGCUCGAGUGGGUCGAGAACGGGGAGAUCAAGUGGCGGACGAAGGCUCCCAAGGAGAUUGCGAUGAUCGAGGCAAGAAGGUAUGAACGGGAAAAGAGUGGACAGAUCAGCGAGGCGAAGUUAGCGGAGGAUGGUGCUGUACUCAUGGAGGUACAAAAACGACUAGCGAAACAGAAGCGACGACAGAUGCAGCAAUAUCGUCAGAUGAGACGCGGUGCGGCCGAUGACCCACAGUCAUGGAGUAUCGAGAUGGCCGGUGAUAACGAGAGUGAAGACUCUCAGGACGACAGACUUUCGAGGAUAUCUUCCCUUACAGCCACAUCGGACGCUGGUAGACUCAGUGUCGAUCCGCUGGGUCGAAGACCUUCGCGUACGCCUUCACCCCUUCAUCCUUGCGUAGAACCCAAUGAGCCCGGACAAUUCUUGUCGCUGACAGGAGAGCCAGAGAUAUUCUCGCCGAUUGCAACUCAAGACCAACCAAGACGACCAUCUCAAUUUAGCUUGACUGGGCUGGAGGGCACGAUGUAUGGCGCUUACGAUUCAUCACUAUCGCAGACGUCUCGUGUUGCUAGUCUGAACAGUUUGACAUCGUCAAGAGGUAGCUCAGAUUCGCUGGCCAAGUUCGCAAACGAAGUCCUGGAUUCGGAGCUUGAUGUUGAGCUGCAGAAUGUACCCAUCAUGGCCAUGGAAGAUAUAAAGACCUCGUUCCGUGACACUUUACUUGGACUUCAGUACUUACACGGGCAAGGGAUCGUGCAUCGAGACAUCAAACCACCAAACCUUUUGUCUACUGGCGACAGCCGAGUCAAGAUCUCCGACUUUGGUGUCUCUUACCUUGGUCGACCGGUCCACGAAGGUGAAACGGAGGACAUCAGUGAGGCGGAUGCUACCGAUCUGGACGAUGAAGCCAAGGAGCUUGCAAAGACUGUUGGCACGCCUGCCUUCUACGCACCAGAACUCUGCAUAGUCGACCCCACAGACGACCCAUUACCAGUGACCAAGGCCAUCGAUGUAUGGGCGCUGGGCGUAACGCUUUUCUGCAUGAUCUUCGCACGGACGCCGUUCGUCGAUAACGAGUUCGUGGUCAUGCGACAGAUUGCAGACGAGGAAAUCUAUCUCCCGAGGAAACGUCUCCUUCCAGUUGACACGAAGCCGAAGUCACGACCAAACUCGCAUGCCCGAGCAUUCCCCCCACGUGCGACUAGUCGACGACAUGAGCUGGAUCUUGUGUAUGAGGACAUCGAUGACAACCUGCAUGAUUUGCUCAAGCGACUUCUGACCAAGGAUCCUCGUAAGCGCAUCACGCUGGAAGAGGUGCGACACCACGAAUGGACAUGCUCAGGGCUGAUCAAAGAAGAGUGGCUUCAUGAGUCGGAUCCAUCUCGACAUGCUCAGGGCUCCAAGAUCGAGGUCUCGAAAGAGGAUGUCAACACUGCUGUAGUUCCACUGAACCUGGUCGAACGCGUGCGAUCAGGUUUCAAAAAGGUUCUUGAGAAGUCAGGCUUGACCCGUGCAAGAGGACAUUCCAAUGCAGGCAGCAGCAAAGGCGACUCGCCGGUGGCAUCGGCUCACUCCUCUAGUAGUAGUAUGAACCAGGAUGCCCGACGCCAGUCCUUUCGGGGCGAUGAGCAGAUCUUCACGGCGCUUAAGGCGUCUCGGGAAGUCGAGCAUCCAUUGUCUAAGAGUGUGGCCGCCUCGCCUGAGCUGGAGAAGCUGGAGAAGGACAAGUACUUCGACAAGCUCGCACCACGAGAAAAUGGAAACGGAUCGCACGACUUGACCAGAGUACCGUCACGACCCAGCCCUCCUAACAGAGCCAUGACCGUGGAAUCUGCUGCCGGCUCGAUGCGAACUGUUACGCAGUCUGACUAUAUUACGAAUGGCCGCAAAACGUCGCCGCCGCCGUCACCUGGGCUUCCUGGCACACCGACAGCACUUGCAUCGCCUGGUGGCAGUCACUUGAGCGGCCUGUUCAGACAGCCUGGGCGCAUCCUGAAGAGUGUUCGAGAACGAAGUACAAAUCGGCGCGGUCAGAUGCGAGGGCUGUCGAGCGAUAGAGGAUCCGUCGAGUCAUCGGACCAUCAUGCCGAGGCAAGCAUUGCGGUCAGCCAGACCAAUGCUGCUGGUCAUGUCAAUCUUCCAGAUGCCCUUCUCGAAGGCACCCCGGCAUCGAGUGCUCGUAACAGCCCGCUCUCCUCCCGAGCGCACUCUGUCACGUCAGAUCCGCACAGCCUACAACAGCAUCUGAGCCCACGAGACCCCGGUGUCUUAUCUCGAAUGAGUUCGACCAGCUCCAUCGCAUCCAUUGGCAGGCAAGUCAGCGAGGCUUUCCGUGCUCGUCCACAGUCUUGCCGAGCGCCAGAAUCAAGCGCUGAGGAAUGGCAACGCGUUGACGAGGAACGAGUUAGGAAGCUCGUGCGAGAAAGCGAGGCCGAGAUUGAACAGGCACGAAGAUCGCCUCACCGUCGCGAGUCCAUGAACGCCUUCGACAACAGAACAUGUCCCACAAGCCCAGACGAUCUUCGUGGUAAGGAUCACGAAUCGAGGGUGUCUUCGAUCACUGACGUCUCGACACCUGAUACGCCACUUGACGGCUUGAGCCCGAUGAAUCAAACAGGCCAGCUACCAUCAGCCAUGGUGUCCAGCUCUUCUGACCUUGGCUCAGCGGUCUCGAUGUCGAUUAGCAAUCCAUCAAUACCGUCUGUCAUCUCGGAGGCAUCGUCCGUGGACUUAUCAGACGGCACAUACCAGGGCUUUGGCGAAGAGAAGCGCGAGCCAUCCUCAGAUGACACCCUUGGCGCAAGCCCGAAGACAAGGGCUGUCGACGAUCCAGAUGAAGGUUACAUUCCGGACCAGGAAGCCGCGCUCAACAGCGAGCCGGACGACAUGUACGACUCGUCUUCCGAUAGUGAUGGCGGACUGGUCAUGUCACGUCGCCGAUCUGCCGCGAAACAGGGCCAUGGUCUCAUUGUCUCGGCUGAAGUACCGAAACACCGUCGCGGUACCGGACUUUCUGCUCGGUCGAAGAAGUCUUCUCGAAGUGGUUCUAACAACACCAUGAAGAAGGUUCGGACCCGCGACAGUGUUGACGAAUCACGUUCCAACGACAUCACCGAGGAAUGA